AUGAGAAGCGUCGACUUGAUCGCGACGCAGCCACGCAAUAACGUAGCGAGGCAGGUGAGAUGUGCAGGCGGGAACCGUGGUAAGGCUACUCGUCUGGACGACAGUGAUUUGGACCGUAGCGAAGCGGAAAUUACCGUGAUGUCCAGCGUGAACGAACCAGAUGUCAACUGCCGCAAUAAAGAAUACGGGGCAAUCAUAGACGACGACAGUUACGAAGAUUUGUGUACUGAGAAAAAUAAUAACAACUAUACGGAGAACUCAAAUAGUCGAAGCGCAAAGCGCUUAAAAAACAAGGUUGAACUUUUAGGAAAGGAUUUCUUUUCAGGGCUUGAUAUUAUCCAAGAAGAAACGGAAAAUGAGGAGCAGAGCGACUCAGAAGAGAGCAAAGAGGUCGGAGAAUGUGGGAAACUGAGUGACGUGAGCUACGUAGAUGAAAACGAGCGAAAUGACGCUCUGCGGUCUUUUAUUGAAAAGUGUAUUUUAUCGGAAACAUCUACUGCGACGAUUAACAGUAGCACAGGUGACAAAGAUCACGGGCUUAACCCCCAAAGUUCGCCGCAUGAGGGGGCUGACCCGGUUAUAAGUGUCGUGUACUCGUCGUCCAAUCGAUUGGCUGACACGAACAGUACCUUAAGCGUUAACGGGUUGAAUUUAAUAGUAAAUGGUUUACCGAACAGUAAACAAUGGGGCGGAGUGAGCGAAAAAGGUUAUCAAGCGUCCAUUAUGAAUGACUAUUGUCAGUCAAAUCGCAAUACGGCUUUAGUGUCAGACGAUUUAAACGACAGAGGACUACACGAUAUUAAUCUGAAUUUAUUGCCGUCCAAUACUACAGCGUCUGACGCACAUGCAAAAAGUGCAGAACAACCCAACUCCGCCGUACUAAGAGCGGACACAGGAUAUGCGGUAACGGAUAAAAGCUGCUCGACACGCUCCGCUGCAAAACUGAAAUCAGAGAGUUCGCUGUUUAGUGACGCAGAGAAGUCGGGGACUAUGGAAAAUAUGUCGACGCGAUUCGUUUUUAACUCGUCCGGGUCAAAGCACGUACCAAUGGACGGUAGUUCGGAUAUUACAAUGUCUAGUUACGGCAAAUAUUAUGUGGAUAUUAAUAGCAACACGUCAGAGGGACCCGCCGUGACACAAACCACGCACCAAUUCGACCCAACACCGAUAUAUAAUCAACAAAUGGAACCCACAAGUCGCAAUGAAGAACCAGGCUAUAAUGGGAAUAUGACUAACUAUUCUACGGUAAACAAACAGCACUAUGCUGGGGAUCAUGAUGGUAGCACUUAUUAUAAAACUUUAAGAUGUAACGAUCGAAGUCGGUUAUACGCGGAUCAAAAUCGACAGGUGGUUGAAUAUUAUCGCGAUAAGGAUUUGCGUGUAAACAUGGAACGACGAGACCAUGGCGUUGUUGGCGAUCUGAUAACUGAAACGGACAGUGGCAUGGCAAGUACGUGCAGCAGUACCAACUCUCACAACGGACACGUCCCUAACAGAGCAAAAAACAACACGGGCGCUAUUCAUUCCAGGGGACACAAUCACGACCCACCCCCUAAGGAGGUGAGAGACGUCGGUGCUCGUUUAAAGGGAAUAUCCAACACUACGCAAACAUAUCGUAGUAAAGCGAACAAACACGAAUGUGAGUUACGACCUAUGUACAAUAAAACGGGUCCCCUGGGGACGAGCAACCAACAUGAUGGAAAUCAACGCUGGGAAACGGAUUACCGUCAAUACCAGGGAGACGUUCAUAAUCCACGCGAGGAUAAGUUGAACGCAAGAAAUAAACGUUCUCCAAUAGUUGGCAUCGAUCCAACAGCGUUAGAUGGUGUCUACGGCACGGAUACCGGGCGUUCCCAGCCUCGUGAUACGGGCAUGUCCUUGCCGUAUGCUACGUGCACAGCACCUGAAAGUAGGAAUGCACAAAUCGAGGAGAGAGAACACAUCUCAUUAAGUCGUGACGCAAGGACGGAAUCGUCAAAUGGGGGCAGUGCUAUCCGCGUGUGUGCGCAUACUGAUACUGAAUCAGACAGCCGACAUAAAGUAGACGUCAGACCUCGCUCACCACGAGAAGUGAAUGCUGCGGCCAGGAGGGCUUUCUUUGCCGAGGGUGGAGAUUCAUCGGCGGACAGUGUUUCUAUGGCAUUUCAGAAGAGGUUUCGGGGCAAGGUAGAUACCUACGAAGCUAGUAUUAUCUCACAUGCAGUAACUCCGAUAUCACCAACGCGAACGCGGCAAUAUGAGGUGACUCGACGACGGCCUGAACACCGAGCUGCUCCUGCGAUGUCGCCGGUUUCUGCCAAGAUAAUUAACCAAACCACUAAUCGUGAAAAUCCUCGGUAUGUGUCUGAAUCAAGUUCGCAAAACCAAGAUAAUCGCACAAUUAAAGAUAAUUCACGUCCACGUGAGCCUCCUACGUAUCGGAGCAUUGUAAACUCGAUAGAAAAUGCCUUGGCGAGAGCCGAUAAAAAGGACGAGAGCAUGAGAACUAAUUAUCAGCGGAGCCCGACACGAAUGACCGGAAACCCCCUACCAUCACCCCCACCACUCUCAUUAAUGGCAAACACACCAAGGAAAAAGAAGCCACAUAUAUCUUGCACAUUUGCUAACAUUGCCGAAGUUCAUGAAAUAAGCGAUGGCCAAACCACUGAUGAAGACACUGUGACAUCAGAGAAUGUAAAAAGCAAUGAUUACCGGUACAGUGCGUUAGCACCCAGGACGAGCAUAGAGAGGAAUAGUCACUUUGACUACCGGGAAACAGAUCUGGAUAGCAUUGAGAGGAGGCAGGGGGAUAUCGCAACAACCGCCGAAGAAAGGCGAAUACAAAAUUCGUUGAAUUCUCUGGAUUUGCCGGAGUGGUUCAAACAUUCGGACGUCGUAAGAAAAAGCGUUGAAAAGUCAUCAGGCAGGCAGUCCCAAUCAUACAGGUACAGCUUUCCACCUCACACCGCACCCCCAAAAAUAAAUCCACCCAAUAGUAUCCCGCCUAGCAUUUUGAAAGUUACAGCUAAUAGACUCCCACACGAUACUUCUCCUCAGCCCCGUUAUCGCGACGAAUAUCUUCCAUCGGAACAAUUUUCUUCCCACGGGGUAGCUAUUUCAUCGUCCUCAUCAAGUAUUAAGAAACCAUCAGAAAGUACAUCUCCAAGGCAACGAGGUUCGCCAUGGGAAUUGAGAUCGUCUUCCGUGAGAGAAUAUUCACAUACCGUCGUCACAGAAUCACCAUGGCAACUGAGAACCACUUCGCCAUCAGACGUGACCCUUAGGCAACCCCCGACUUAUACUUCAUCGCCAAAACAAAAAUCACAAAUGACAUCUCCCAGACAACACGCAUUGCCUAAAGAAUAUGAAUCACCAUGGGAACUGAGAUCCACUUCCAGUUCAAUUGAAUCGACUCCAAGGCACCAGUCACUAUAUUCCAAUAGUUUGGGAUCAGGAACUUCAAAUCCAUCGCAAAAAACAAAUUCUGCGUUAAAUGGCGGACAUCAACGUACGCAGUACGACACAACUGAUCUGAUCAUGCCGCCACCCGAGUUUCAAACACAGCAGCCCGACACUGUUACUGAUUCAAUCCUUCUUAAUAGAAAGGCGACGCAGUCUGUUACUGAUACACCCCCUCAUAGAAGGAUGACAAAACAAAAACGGCCCUCGUCAUUUCAUUUUGAAACUCGGCCAUUGCUUAAUGAAGUAACACAAGAAUCAAAAUCUUCUCAACCAACACAACAAAUAAAAACACCAUCAUCACCGAUUAAAACGCCAAUGAAGCACAUAACAUCUCCUGAUAAAACUAAAUAUAAAUGUCCGUCAGCAUCAUCGCCAAAAAAAUCGGGUGCAGAUACAACAUUUAAACUCCGGGAUCUGCCAGAAUCUCCGCGCAAAAUAAAACCGAGAGAAAAUUGGUCUCAGGGCGAUGAGACAGAUACGUCUCGGUCAUCACAGCACGAUUCUAUUACGUUAUCGCCCAAAUCUAAAAUACCCCCUUCAACUAAACAAACAUCGAAUAAAUCUUCACCAAGUGAGAACAUUGAAACGUUUUACACCACACCAACAACACAGUCGGCGUCAGAAACGUAUUAUACGAAAACUAUGACAUCACCAUUAAAUUCGACGUCAUACUGGAAUAAUAUGAUAUUAUCGUCAAGAACAACAUCUCAAACUAAAUCAUCGCCAAAAAGUUCCGUUUCUGGGGAGUUUUAUUCGAAACAUGCGACAGCAUCACCACGAAGUACGCCAUCAGAGCGGUGCUCCUCGCCAAGUUCAACCUCAGAACAGUUUUAUUCAAAUUCGGUGACGUCAAUACCUAGUUCCAUGGCGUCAAAUUCUUACACGAAACCAAUGACGACAUCAUCUAUAUUAACCUCUGAACGAUUUGACAAGGAUCGAGGCAUCGGUUCAAGGUCGCGGAGUUUUAGUCCAACAACUUUCAAAGUAAAAACUGGCGAUACGGACUUGCCGGGAUCUCCCACCCGAUUCUUUGUUCAAAUAAAACCCUUAAAAACAUCACCUACUAAAGAAGAUAUAGAAAUUGCACCGCCAACAAAGACUACUUCCAGCAGUCAAACUGAUUUAACGCUGACUGGUAUGACGAGAUAUGACAUCAUCGCCCACUCGGUGGAAAAUCUACCAGGAACCCUUGCAAAAUACCCAACUUCGCCCAAUCUCGCCAAUCCGAUGCCAUUAUCAUCAUUUGGCAUGGACUAUGAGGACAUCGACGAAAAUAAGGACUCAUGGAGGAAAAGUGAUUCUGUCUUGACUCGACCUAAACGUACAUUCGGUCUUAGCGACUUUCACCAAAGGCCCCCUGAAAGUAGGUCUUUGCAAGAAAGUUACCGUUCUUUGAGAAAAAGCGAGACGUCAAACGUAGGGAAAAAAAUCGAUUUACCAACUGUGAACGAGGAGGGACUUUUUGAAUUUGAGUCAGGUCAAAGUCAGGACAGAGAACAAAAUUUUUUCCCUGAACAAAAAAGACCGUCAAAAUCAAUGGAAAAUUUGAAAUUAUUUCACGAACUUUCUGCUCCAUUUUCUAUAAAGAAGGCUUCAUUGAGUGUGAACGACCUAUCGGGUCGUCCCAAACUGCAACCCGAUCCACAUUUCAACCCCGAUGGUAGCAGGAAGGAAGGAUCUCACGAAUUUCCAAUGGUGUCGUACUCAAGCCAAGACUUGUCCAGGAGGGAAAAACCCGGAAGUCAUCAUGAUUUAACCGUAACUAUAACGGACACGUCGCUAGAUGCGGAUGGCAGCUUUACCAGGCGUCCCUUUCAGAGUACGGACAGUUUAAUGUCAAGCGAAGUCAGCUACCAAGCACCAGGAACUAAUAUGGAAGAAGUGAUUGACAGUUUGUUGGCUUUAUCGCCAAGUCCAACAUCGAGUACAUUUAAUUUAGGGCUCGAUCGGGACAAAGAGCGUGAAUUCGCGGAACUCAGCUUCUUUGAUUUGCCGUCGAGUCCCAUGAAAGACGAGGACGAACCUCCGUCCACUGACGUCAGCACAGCAACACUUGAUUCAGUGAUCGUCAUUUCGCCAACAACAGAUUCGAACGAUUGUGUGAGCCGAGAAGAAACAUUCGACUUCGGCAGCGAUUGUCAUACUUUUGACGACGAGAAAGAAAUUGAUGACGAAAAGGAAGACAUAUUAGGGGAAGAGUUAAUUAUGGUUAAAUGUCGAUACAAAAAAUGUGGCAAAAAUAUGCCAUUGAGAGAAGCUAGAAACACUUAUAAAUCUUGUCAUAAUUGCUACACCUACUACUGUUCGCGUGACUGUCGCAAAGCACACUGGGAGAAACACAAAAAGAAAUGUAUUUUCAGUCGCGUGAGUAGCGCCUGUAAACACGUGAUAUAUCAUAGCAGACACAAUGAAGACUGUCUACAAUCACUCUCGCGAAUGGCGAGAACUGGGUAUCUAUCGCGAGGGAGAGGAUGCAUUACACUUCUCUUCGCUGAUCCAGAAAUCGCGGAAGAAUACCUAAAAUAUGGGGUGAAUGGAUGCGAAAUACCACCAACGUAUACGUCUGCCAGAGAAUUGGAAGAAUCCGGCGUGACUGGUGAACACAUGCAGCUAUUAAUAAAAAUGUGUAAAUCAUAUAAUCCCGAAUAUAAAUUUGUAGUUAACGUCGCAAUUGUAGUUAGCAACGAGCCGCCGAUUAAACCCCUUCCGAGACACGAGGGGACUACCAUUAAGAAAUGCGCCAAACUGAGACUGAGUCAAAAUAUGAGCCCCAAAAGAGAGAUGAAACCAAUCCCGGAAGAUUCGGAUACGUUAAUCCUGACAGCGCCUCCUGGGAGCCCUUCAAGAGGAGGACUCGAUAAGAAAUCGCGACAGGUAUGUUUUAUUAAUAUCCAACGAAAUCUACGACAGCGUGGAGUAAGUCUACGUCAUCGAUACCCUCGCGUGUACGAUAAAUUAUGUGCGUGGGUAGAAGACAACGAAAACUUCGCUCCUAUGUCUAUCUAUCCCUACGAUACACGCACCGGCAAACAGUUCAUGUGCGUUAUUAUGCCAACGUCCGAUCCAGACGAACUUGAGUGGGCAAGAAAUCCCGAAGUGCUGGAAUGUAUCGAUCUGGACGCGGAGAUUGAACGACUUGAGACAAGUGUCGUUCUGGCCAUGGAAGAGACGGGGAAAACCCCACCACAGAUAAAAAGCCCAAGAAGUCCAAGAUAUUGA